AUGAGUAAGAAUGAUGAAUAUAAAAAUGAAAAAGAAGGAGAGUUGCCUUCUUCAGAUGGUGAAUCAAGCGAUGGAAGUUUUGGCCCAGUUCCCUUACAAGAAAAUAAGGACAACAUAAAUGAUAACAAUUAUAGUGAUAGUGAUAAUAAUAGUGAUAAUAAUAAUAAUAAUGAUGAUAUUAGUGAUGAUCAGAAGGAUGGAGUUUUGUUGGAGAGUAAAAAAAAAAAAAAAAAUUCUAUAUCAUCAGGGUCAUCUUCAUCAUCCAUAAAUAUACCAGAAAAUGCAGAAUUAUUAAAUAAAAAAAAAAGAAAAGUAAAAGGAAUAAUAGAAGAUAAAAAAAAGGAAGAAAAGAUGAAAAAGAAAAUACGAAUUAAUAAUGAUAUAUAUUUAAAGAAUCUUCCAACAAAUAAAAAUUAUCAAGUUAGUUAUAUGCAUACAGAUAUAGUUACUCAUGUUGUAGUAAGUAAUAAAAAGAAAUAUAUAAUUACGGCUAGUUUAAAUGGUAUUAUAAAAUUUUGGUAUAAAAAUAUUGGUUGUAUUGAAUUUGUAAAACAUUUUAAAAUUCAUUCAGAUGAAAUUAUUAAUAUAUUUAUAUCAGAAGAUGAAGAACAUUUAGGAAGUUUAUCAAAAGAUAAAACAUAUAAACAAUUUGAUAUCACUAGUUUUGAUAUGAAUAUUGUUAUAAAAUUAGGUUUUAUUCCAAGAACAGGAGAAUUUGUUUAUUCCUCUUUAUUUUCAACAGAGGUUAAAGUUGCUAUAUCGUCUAGUGAAAAAGCAUGUAUAUAUAUUUAUAAACCAUUAGAAAGUGAUAUAUGUAUACAAACGAUUGAUUUCAGUUGUUGUAAUAUUAUAGAAAUUAUAAAAUAUAAUAAAUUUUAUGAUUUAUGUGUACUAAGUGAUAAUGAAGGUCUUCUUGAUAUUGUAGAUGUAACCAAUUUUAAAUUUCCAACAUCUAAAGAGCAAAAUAAAUACAAAACAAAUAAUAAUAUGGAUCAUAAAUUAAUUGAUCCAAUGAAUAAAAGAUAUCCAAUUAAAAAAAUUAAUUUUUCAUUUAAAAGUGAAACAGAUCUAUAUGAAUUAUGCAAAUAUAAAACAUAUGCAUUAUGUAUAAGUUUAAGUUUAGAUGGAGAAUAUAUGGCUAUAUUAUCUGAAAAUUAUUUUUUGAGAAUAUAUAAAUUCGAAUCCAUGAAAUUAUAUAGAGUAUAUGAUGAAAGUACAGAAAUGUAUUUAACUGCUCAAAAUGAUCCAUUAAAAAAAGAAUUACAUAUAGAUAGUUUUGAUUUUGGUAAAAGACUUUUUAUUGAAAAAGAAAUAAAAAAAUACAUGAAAAAUCAAAAUAUUAAUUUUGAUAUGAUUUCUUUUGAUGAAUCAAAUCAAUAUAUUAUAUAUUCAACUUUUAUUGGUAUAAAAGUUGUUAAUUUUAUAACUAAUCAAUUAUGUUAUAUUAUUGGGAAAAAUGAAGCCAAUUUAAGAUACCUAUCUAUUUCUUUAUAUCAAAAUAUUAUACCGAUAAAUAAAGUUAGAACAAAUAUACAUGAAUCUUUAUAUAUAAAUGAAAAAAAUAUAUCCGAUUGUGCUCUAUUUUGUACUGUAUACAAAAAAGCUAGAUUUUAUCUUUUCUCAAAAAAAAAAUUAAAUGAACACGAAUUAGAUGAAAGAGAUAUAUACAACGAACAACCAACAAAAAAUGAUGUAAAUUCUAUUAUUUCUAAUCCUUUAAAAAAUGUAGAAAACAUUAAUAAUAAAAAUACUCCUAAGAGUGCUAUUAUUUACACAACCAUGGGAGAUAUACAUAUUUCACUUUUUUAUAAAGAAUGCAAAAAAACAGUACAGAAUUUUUCUGUUCAUUCUACAAAUGGGUAUUAUAAUAAUUGCAUCUUCCAUCGAGUUAUCAAAAAUUUUAUGGUUCAAACGGGAGAUCCUUCAGGUGAUGGCACAGGUGGAGAAAGUAUUUGGGGAAAUGAAUUUGAAGAUGAAUUCUUUGAUCAUCUUAAUCAUUCCAAACCUUUUAUGGUAUCUAUGGCAAACUGUGGACCAAAUACAAAUGGAUCCCAAUUUUUUAUAACCACUGUCCCAUGUCCUUGGCUUGAUUUUAAACACACGGUUUUUGGUAAAGUAACACAAGGAAGCAAAAUUGUUUUGGAUAUAGAAAAGGUUCGUACGGAUAAAAGGGACAAGCCUUUAGAGGAUAUCAGAAUAUUAAAUAUAAAAAUUAAUAAUUAG